GCGGAAGUAAACACAUUGCAUGUCGCGUGAGCUCACGCUGCCAUAAUGUAACAUUUAUCUCUUCGUGUUCACCGAUAGCGCUCAAACUACAACGUUCUCAUUCAUAAUCUUACAAUUUAAGAUUUAGGGAAACCUUUUGCAUAAAUUCGAUCAGCCGUCAUGAAGAUUAAGCGACAGAAAAUAGCCAAGAAAACGUUAUCUUUUUACAAAUACAAUUUCAACUUUCGGGAACCUUAUCAGGUUCUUAUUGACGGAACUUUCUGUCAAGCGGCAUUAAAGAACAAGAUUCAAAUCAAAGAACAAAUGCCAAAGUAUCUUAUGGGCGAGGUACAUCUUUGCACCACCAACUGCGCUCUAAAAGAACUGGAAACUCUGGGGAAAGAGCUUGUUGGGGCCAGAAUUAUUUUGCAGAGGUAUCAAGUGAGGAAAUGUGAGCAUAUGAAGAGUCCAGUUCCUGCAUCGAAGUGCCUGCUUUCUAUGCUGGAGGGCACAAACCCGCAUCACUACUUUGUUGCCACACAGGACUACAAGCUGACAACAGGUCUUCAAAAGAUCCCAGGCGCCCCUCUUCUCUACAUCAUCCAAAACACCAUGGUGCUUGAAAAACCCAGCCAGUCGUCGCUGGACCGGGUUCAGGCCAUCCAGAUGGGCCAGCUCGUGAGCCCGGUGGAGCACCAGAGCCUUCGCAGCCUGAAAGAAGAACAGGGCAUUACUAAAAAGGACGGAGACAGACGGGGGACCAAGAGGAAAAGGAAACCGCACAACCCGAACCCCCUGAGCUGCCUAAAGAAGAAGAAGAAGAAGAAGGGGCCGACACCGCCGCUUAAAAGAAUUGAGCCAGGUCAGAAAAGAACUCGGAGCAGACACAAGAAACGUAAUAUAGAAGGUGAGAAUCAUGCUGCCGCACCUUCGGCUAAAAAAUCGGAAUCAAAUUGAAUUAACAAAUGAGAUGUUUGGUUACUAGGGUCAAUUUUGUGAACUUUUUACAACCAUUAUGUGUGAGUGGAAAUAAACUAGUCGGACCUGCUGCAAAAGUUGCGUUCCUACACAAUCGUACCGCUAGAGGGCAGCAGAGGCGCUGUAUUGAAGCAGAAAGUUAUAGUUUGCUGGAAGCAAUAAUAGUCUGAACAGAGAGCUGUAAUAAACCAUCCUAACACCAUGAAGGCUGGGCAACUGCCAUUGUAAAGUUACGACUGCAUUUAGAAAGGUAAAACUUUAACUUGCCUUUACAAUUUUCUACAAAGCCUGAAGAAAUCUGGAAAAGAUUUGUAGUUUAAUACAGUAGGCUUCUUUAUAUUUAUCCAUUCAGCCUGUGGCCAACGCAGUGUUAUCAAUUUAACUGAGGUGAAGAAAAUAUUUUUGAAGUUCUUGGUGUUGUCAGUAUGAUGAAAUGUGCUGUAACAUCCCAUGGAAAAUUUCAAAAAGCCAUCAGAAAUAAACUUUUCCAUCCCUUUGCAAAUCCUUAGGGGGUACACGUCAAA